GGGAUGCCUACGUCGACGAACCGUACCAAAUGGCCCGUCAACGGAGGCGCGAUCGCUCUUCAGCCCGGCUGGUUCCAGGGUCACUCGACGGCCUUCAUGUAUAUCAACAUGGGCCUGGGGACGGUCCCUGACAACAUGAGUCUUCCGAUGGUCCCCGUCUUCGAGAUCACGGGCCCCAGCAACAACCCGUACCCGGGCACGAUCUGUCUGCCGCAGGUGCCCUUGCCAGCCGAUAUCAGCCCCAAGGUGGGCGACAACGCCACCAUCCAGAUUGUCGAGGUGGCCAAACACGGCGCAUCUCUGUACGAUUGCGUGGAUAUCACCUUUGCCGAAGACGACGAGGUCGCCGAGGUGACCAAGGACAACUGCUUCAACUCGUCGGACAUCGGCUUCAAAUAUGUCUUCGCCUCAAGCUCAUUAACGGCGACUAGCGUCGCCCCACUGCAUGGCCCUAGCCAGGCGCCAAUCGUCUCGGUGCUGCUGGCGAUGGCCCUGGGAGCAUGGAUCUUAUAACGAGUCGAAGCUUCUUGGCAUUUGUUCUUUUUAGUGUUCACCUAUUCUUGUCAUACCCUCAGCCGCGACUGGCUUUUUGGUUUAGUUCUGAACGUUGGUUGCAUGAAUGCAUAAUCUGGCUGCUAUUUUGGCGUUGACGACUAUACGACGACCUCGGGUACGUCUCGGGUACAUCCC